CAUCUGGAUGAAACAUGGAAGAACAGUGAUGGAUUCUGCAGAAGAAGCACAUUUGGGAAAAACAUCCCAAAAGAGAACAAGACCAUUAUGAUGAUUGGAGCCACAGGAGCAGGAAAAACCACUCAAAUCAACAGCAUGAUCAACUACAUUCUGGGAGUGCAAUGGGAAGACGACUUCCGGUUUGUGCUGAUAGAUGAAGGGAGGCAGAAAUCCCAGGCUGAAAGUCAGACGUCACAGAUCACAGCAUAUCAAAUUAAUCACAUGGAUGGCUUCCAGGUCCAAUAUUCUUUGACCAUUGUGGACACACCAGGCUUUGGUGAUACUAGAGGCAUUUCACAUGACCAGAAAAUCACAGCACAGAUUCAGGAGUUCUUCUCUGCCCGUGGAGGGAUCGACUGCAUUGAUGCUGUGUGUUUCGUAGUACAGGCUUCGCUUGCUCGUCUGACACACGCACAGAAAUAUAUCUUCGACUCCAUUCUUUCCAUAUUUGGGAAGGAUAUUGCUGAAAACAUCCUUGUGCUGGUCACUUUUGCAGAUGGGAAAACACCUCCGGUUCUCGAGGCCAUCAAAGUCUCCCAGGUUCCCUGUUCUACCAAUGAGUCUGGAGAUCCAAUGCAUUUCAAGUUCAACAACUCUGCCAUGUUUGCUACCAAUAAUAAAUCUGGAGGAGCCAAGGAGUCUGAUUGUGAAAACUUUGAUCAGAUGUUCUGGAAUCUAGGAUUUUCUAGCAUGACAAAAUUCUUCACAUCCCUUAACAUGAUGGAAACUAAGAGCUUGUCUCUGACACAGGAGGUCUUAAAAGAGCGACAACAGCUAGAAGUGCUUGUGGAACGACUCCAGCCCCAGAUUAAUGCUGGUCUGACAAAACUGAAUGAAAUCAGGAAGACGAGAGCUGCUCUGGAGCAGCACAAGGCUGAAAUGGAUGCAAACAAGGACUUUGAAUACGAGAUUGAAGUAACUGUCCCAAAACAGAUUAAAAACACAUCUACCUCCUUCUUAACCAACUGCCAAACUU